CAUUGUCAGGUGACGUCACACUCGUGGAACACGAAAUGCAUUAUGGGUAUAGCCGCCAUUUGUAAGGUAUCAAUGCUAGUGUGUUCAGUUGGGAGGAUUGUGUUGGUCUUAAAUGUGAUAAAAUGGUACGUUCUUGUUGUGUGAUAGGCUGCAAUAGUAAGUCUCAUGACAGAACGGGUCACAAACUAAACAGCAGGGUAAGGUUUUUUAGUUUUCCCUGUUUGAAGAAAGGACAUGGACAGCUUGUAGUGGACAUAACAAAGAGGCGUCGGAUGGCCUGGGUUGGAGCUGUGCGACGCAAAAACAUCACCUUUGGAAACAUAUCUCCGUUUAUGUAUGUCUGCUCUCGACAUUUUCAUAAAGGUCACCCUGCAUAUGAGAUGAUGGAGACUGACCCAGACUGGGCACCCUCCCUCCAUCUGGGUCACACAAAAAUCUCUCACACCAACACUACACGCUCUGCAAGACGAAGUAAGAGGGAGCAAAGAAAAAACACACUGCAGCCAGCUGAAGGAGGUGGUGAGCGACACACUGAGGAGACACACAAGGCUGAUGAAGAUGCUGUGCCACAUGCUGAGGAGACACAAGCGACUGGAGAUGGUGAGCGACACACUGAGGAAGAGAACCACAACACUCAGGGGAUGGCAGUGACACAAACAGAAUGCAACUUAUGUGUGCACAGAGGUGCAGAAGUAAACCGCCUGUUGGAAGAAAACAAGACAGCUGCGACGUGAACUUGAUGAGCACAGGAUGUCUGAUAGUUUUUUUGGAGACAAUGAUGAUAAAGUAAAGUACUAAGUAAAGCAGAGGUCAAACUCCCAGCCUUUACAAAGGGUUACUGUCAGCUAGCUGCAAGAGAUGUAGAGGAGACACGAAAAGUAGCUCACCUAAGAAUCCAUGUUGAAAGAUUGAUUGGAAAUAUCUGUC